GGUUUGUGGUAUUUACAACAUGAGACCCAGGAGGACAAGCUGAAGAGGGAGGCAUCAGCUGGUGAGCUUGAGUUGAAGAUGGAAAAAGAAUUAAAAGAGAAAUUAAGACAGGAGAUGAAACAACUAGAGGAGAAACUAGAUGAUAUGACCCAGGAAGUGAGAAAGAAAGACAGACAACUGGAUGAUAUGACCCAGGAAGUGAGAAAGAAAGACACACAACUGGAUGAUAUGACCCAGGAAGUGAGAGAGAAAGACACACAACUGGAUGAUAUGACCCAGGAAGUGAGAGAGAAAGACACACAACUGGACGAUAUUACCCAGGAAGUGAGAGAGAAAGACACACAACUGGAUGAUAUGACCCAGGAAGUGAGAGAGAAAGACACACAACUGGGCGAUAUGACCCAAGAAGUGAGAGAGAAAGAGAGACUCCUGGAGGAGAAGAACCAGAUAAUGGAACAGAGGGACAGACUAUUAGAAGAGAAAGAAAACCAACUGGAAGAGAAAGACAAGCAACUAAAGGAUAGAAACAUUCAACUAGAGGCUCUGAGAAAGAACAUGCAGGACAAGAACAGUCAAGUAGAGAACUUCAGAGUCCUACUGCAGGAACAAGACCUUCAACUAGAGGACAGGAACCACAGACUGGGAGAGAAGGACAGACUACUGGAAGAGAAAGACAAACUACUAAAGGAAAAAGACCUUCAACUAGAGGACAGCAACCACAGACUGGGAGAGAAGGACAGACUACUGGAAGAGAGAGACAAACUACUGGAAGAGAGAGACAAACAACUGGAAGAGAGAGACAGACUACUGGAGGGAAAAGAAAACAAACUAAAAGAGAGGAGACAGGAAGUAGAAGAGAGGAGACAGGAAGUAGAAGAGAAAGACAACCUACUAGAGGAGAGAGAGAACCAGUUAAAAGAAAGAGACAAACAGGUGGAGGAUGUCAACAAUGAAAAUGCUGAACUGGCUCAACAGAUAUGUGAUGUGAAGACUGAGGUAGAGAGACUGAGAAGAGAGAUCUCAGCCCAGAUGACUGAACAUGGAGAGCUGUCAGAAACAGGUUCCAUCCUCCCAGUCAGGAGGAGAGACAGCAUGGAGGUUCCUCUAAACAUGGGAGGAGAGAGCAGCAGUCCAGACUCCCCAGUGUCUCCCAGUGUGUCUGAGCUGAGACUGGUGCUGCUGGGGAGGACUGGGGCUGGGAGGGGUGCAGCAGGAAACACCAUCCUGGGCAGAGAGGAGUUUGGGGCCCAGGCCAGCCCCUCUGCAGUGACCCAGAGGAGUAAGAGGAGAGAGGGGGACGUGUGUGGGAGACGGCUGGUGCUGGUGGACACUCCAGACUGGUUCUGUCCUGGACUCUCUCUGGAGGAGAUGAGACAGGAUGUGGGGCUCUGUGUCCGUCUGUCUGCCCCGGGACCCCACGCCUUCCUCCUGGUCAUACCAGUGGAGCCCUCUAAGGGGGAGGAGAGAGGGGUGCUGGAGAGAAUAGAGGAGAUGUUUGGGGAGGGUUGUUGGGAACACACUGUGAUUCUAUUCACCCAUGAUGAUGGACUGAAAGAGCAGAGCAUUGAGGAGUUUCUCCAAGCAGGAAGUCAGGACCUCCAGCAGCUUGUAGAGAAAAGUGGGAGCAGGUACCACGUCCUCAACAUUAAGGACAGGGCCCAUGGCACUCAGGUAUCAGAGCUGCUGGUUCAGGUAGAGGAGAUGGUGGCAGGAAACAGAGAGAGAUUCUACAGCAGUCAGACCUACCAGGAGGCAGAGGACCAGGUUAGAGAGAUGGAGGGAAAGAUCCAGAGAGAGAGAGGAGAGAGGAAACAGAGGGAGGAGAGAGACUUGAGAGAGAGGCUUGAGAAGGAGUUGCAGGACUCUCUGAUAAAGAUAGAGGGAGUGAUCCAGGAACAUGAGGGAGAUAUCAGAACACUCAGUGAAAGAACCAGUGAACUGGAGAGACAGGUGAAAGAAGAGAGGGAUGAGGAGAAGAAAAGAGAGCUGGAGAGGGAGCUGAAGAGGGAGUCUGAUAGGAGGGAGGAGAUGGAGAGAAAGCUGGAGAGAUUUAGAGAGAAGAGAGAGAAUGAGAGGAAGGAGAUGGAGGAGAGACACAGACAGGAGAUGGAGAACUAUGAAGGAGAAGCCAGAGUUCAAGCAGAGAGAAACCUGAUGAAGAUAGUCCUGCCUGGGUUACAGAGGAACAUCAUGAUCUCACAGACAAAGAUGCAGAGGGAGUUCAGCAGACAGAUGGAGGAGAGGAAUAGACAGAUGAAAGAGAAGAAUAUAGAGAUGGAGAGACUAAGACAGAACUUGAAAGAAGUCAUGGAAGCUCACUCAGUGUUGCAUAAGAGACUGGAACGAGAGGGGAAAGGUCAGAGGGCACUGAUAGGGUUGUUGGGCUGGGUCAGGAGAAACUCAUCAAGUUGGCUUCUCCACAAUCUGAUAUGAUUCACCAUCACCGUCUAUGAUGAUGAACCAGACCAGGUCUACUGUCCACUGUACCGUGGGGGUGACCAUGGAUCAUGGUGGUCAUGGGGAAAACAGGACAGAAUAAUGUCUGGUCCAGUCUACAGUGUCAAGAGAAGGAGGGAGAGAGGUCUGUAAAGAUCUUGAUGAGAUUUAUGAACAGAAUUCCAAUCCAACGUAGAUUAUUGACCUUUGCACUGCAGACCUUUAGAAUGGAGAGGGUUGUGGGGGGUCAGGAGGUCAGCGGGCGGAGUCAGAGACUGAGAACUCUAAAGAUCUGAGUGUGACUUUUACUCAGUGUUUGAGGAGGUCUACUAUUGAAUAGAGAACCAUAAUGUAUUUACCACACACUACUUCCUGUUCUUAUUCAAAUUGUUUCAUGUUGAAACUUUAAAUAUACACUGAGGGCACAAAACAUUACACCUUCUAAAGUUGAGUUACAAUCUAUCCCAAUGGAACUCUGUUACCACAUGAGACUGAUAUUGUUGAAAUAAAAUGUCACUUUGUAAGACA